AUGCCCUCUCAUAGUCAACGAUAUCGACCGUACAACCGCAACCGGGCUGCAACUUCACAAGCCAGUCCUCAAGAUCAGCGCUCCUCGCCUCACAAGUCUCCUGGUUCUCGUGCAUCAACUCGUACGAGGAGUCAUUGGAACCGCCAGUCAACCGAAGACCUUGACAAUCACAACUCUCAAAAUCUACCUCAGACGGAUUCUCGCAAAGAUACCUUUGAUCAAGAUGAUUUGGAUCUAUUCAACGGUGGAUCUGGCGAUGACACUUACGAUGGCUCCAACAACCGUUCUUAUAAGCCCAAUGGCCAUGAUGGUGAUGGUGAUGGUAGUGGAGACCGAAGUGAUGGUGAAGGUGAUGGUAGUCAAGAUCGAAGUGAUGAUAAUCGUGAUGGUAGUGAAGAUCGAAGUGAUGAUAAACAUGAUGGUAGUGAAGAUCGAAGUGAUGAUAAUCAGACCAUCACAUCCAGAACUCGUUCGCAAAUGCAGUUGAACAGCACCAGCCGAGAAACUGCUGUACCUUAUCAUAUGACGGGUGCGCAAUCACAAUCCUUUGAUUGUGUUGCUACAUGGGCGGAUCUACAUGAAGAUGGUCGCAUUCUUGGACAAAAACUUUGUAACGUUACUGGGAGUGAGGAACAAUUCCAUGCGUGCAUGGUUGCUACUCUAUCCAUGCGCCAAGAGAUGGUAAUAUUAUCAAACCAGCUUGAAGAGAUCAAGAGACAAGUAAGCAGAAUUCCCCGUGGUGGAUGUGAUUGGAAAGACCAAGACCAUAGCGAGCUAAAAGCAUUCGUGCGUUCUAUAGCAAAAAAGAGGAUAAUGGACGGUGAUGUUCAGGCAUACACCGCCAAGGAAAACAAAGUCAUCAAUGAGGACCCUUUACCCUUUUGUUUGUAUGGAAAAGUCAUGUCUGACAUCCUAGGGAAACCAACGGACUGGAAGAAGGAAUAUCUUCCACCCCGAUAUGGUAAAGAUCCAGACAAUAAAUCCAGCCGUGCAUUCAAUUCUUUGGUAAAUACUGCUUUAAAGGAGAUCCGAAAGGAAUUCGAAACAAUUCUCCUUCAAAACAUCAAGCUUCCAGACCGCAAAGCACCACGUGUUGAUGCAGCAGUACCGGUUCUUGACUCGGUUAUUGUCAAACUGUACCAAAAAGAACAUGGAGUCAGUGGUCAAGUCCUUGUCCCAAAAGAGGUACUGGACAAAGUGGGCUACCUGCGAUCAUCUCGAUAUGCAUGGUUGAGGAUGCAGGCCAUCCACUGGGGGAUAAACCGUAAUGACAACAAAUUCAAAUAUGGUCAGUGA